GUGAUGUACCUCGUAGUGGUGGAUGCUCAUUCAAAAUGGCCAGAAGUGUUUCCGAUGGGCACAACCACCAGUGAAGCAACCAUUUCAUGCUUACAUGAACUAUUUUGCAGAUUUGGAUUCCCCGAAACUUUGGUGUCGGACAACGGCACUCAGUUUACUUCUGCAGAUUUCCAGGAGUACCUGCAGCGAGUAGGAACGCGGCACGUGCGAACGGCUCCGUACCAUCCGAGCAGCAACGGUCUGGCAGAACGUUUUGUCCAGACGCUCAAGGCCGCACUUCGGAAGUCCAACCGCUCCACGUCGCCGUCGGAUAUCGCAGACUUUCUCCUGGCGUACCGCAACACUCCGCAAGCAACUACGGCAGAGGCACCCUCUGUUUUGCUGUUGAGGAGGCGCCUCAGAACAAGGCUGGACCACGUGAGGCCUUCUGUUGAAGACGCAGUCACCCACAAGCAGUUCCGGGAAGCCAGUCGUCAUAGAAGUCGCGAGAGCACGUUCCGCGAAGGUGACCUCGUGCGUGUUCGCAACUCUCGCCGUGGACCAAUGUGGUUCAGUGCUACCGUGUUUGCUCGCACCGGCCCAGUGUCCUAUCGUGUGAGUGUCGUGACUCCUCGUGGUGUGUGCGAGUGGGUGCGUCACCGGAAUCAUAUACUGCGUGCUCCGGACACAGACGACUUGGUGAUCACUGACCCAGACUUUCGCGCCGAGGCCCCCGUGACAGUGAGCACAAGCCCUACCGGCCCGUCCGAACUGGCAGAGCAGCCAUUGACUGCUAAUCAGGCCACCGAGCAAGGUCGCCGGUACUCGCAGCGUCAACGCCGAGCUCCUGACCGCUACGGCACCUAUACCCGGGACUCUAAGCAACAUUGCGACCAGAAGUCUUCCAGGGUCUCAUCGACGAUCCGACAGCAGGAAACCUCGGUAUUUCCCGAACGCUGA